AUGGCGGACCCACCCGUGGGGGCUCCCGAAGCCCCUCCCACAUACACCCAAGGAACGAGAAACCCCUUUUCAGCGGUUAACUUCGAACCAUCGUUCGUUCCUCGCAAGAGAAGGAGCCCUCGUCAUGGAGACGAAAUUACCACUAGCGCACGCUCGAACCCCGAGUUUGCGGCCACUGGCGAAAAUGGUGGGCGGGUCACAACUAAGGAGCUGCGACAGCUCAUCGACAGCCUGAAGGAAAUCAUCACCAACCAGACCGCUGUUAUUGAGUCCACAAAGGCGGACCUCCAAGAAGUCAAACGCGACCAACAGGCCCUCAAAUCUAUCAACGACGAGCUGAGAGAAGAAGUGCGAACGCUUCGGACGCAGAUCGACGGGCUAGCCAGCACUCUACCAACGCGAUCAUGGGCCUCUGUAGCAGCCGGCACGGGCAACCCUGGACCCCCGGUGCAACACCAACGACCUGACAAAGACCGCAACUGCGUCCGAAUUAGCACACAGCGCGCGUAUGUUGAUCCCCAGGAUAAUGAAGAUGGUGAGGAAAACGCCUUCGGCCGAUACCUCCCCACCGCUACCGCCAAUACCCACAUCCGAACCGCGUUGUUGAAUACGUCGGCUACUCAAGACGUGCAAGUAGCUGGUAUUGGCACCACGAAGACCGGGUACAUGAUCCGGUUCAAAGACGUCGAGUCGGCCGAGACCGCCCGUAACAACACAGAGUGGUUAAACGAACUGGGCAACGACACGAAACUAGUCAAGCCCCGGUUCGGCAUCGUUGUGCACCGUACUCCAACGGAAGGCUUCGAUCUCAACGGAGACAAAGCAGGAGCCAUCGAGAAGAUCAUGAGCGAAAACGAGUUGACUGAGCCGGGAUUCCAAAUCGGGGACCUUGCGUGGCUGAAGAAAAGAGACAAAGUGCUAGGCAACUUCGCGUCACUCGGCAUAUGGUUUGAUACAGCAGAAGCAGCGCAAUGGAUCGUCGACAAUGGCCUCUUAGUGGGCCAGAGAUAUAUUGGAAGCGUGGAACACUUGUCCGACCCCAGCGAACUCGAACCCCUCACAAUGUUAAGGACGAACCUACGAGUACUACAAUUGAACAUCAUGAAAUCGAGGGCCGGUAUGGAGGCCCUUAUCAACGACCAUGAGAGUCAGAACCUGGAUGUGUUGCUUAUUCAGGAACCAUCGAUCACUGCAUACCGAACACAUGUCAACCACAGUGCCUGGCGACUAUACCGUCCGACGAUCGAAAACGAUGCAAUUCGACUUCGCAGUUUGAUUUACGUCAGCAAAAGGAUCUCUACUUCUUCCCAUCGCCAGGUGCAUUGCGACCACUCGGACGUAACGGCAAUCAAAGUAUGGACGCCCGAGUCCCAGAUCCUUCUCUUUUCAAUAUACAUUCCACCAGUGCUUCUCCACACCCCUGAAGAAACUUCGGCAGAACCAGUGCUACGGGCUAUUCGAGACACUAUCGAAACAGUCUGCGACGGUGACGGAAGGCCGACGAGCAUUGUCGUGUCUGGCGAUUUCAAUCGUCACCAUCCCACGUGGAGCGGCAAUAACAUCUAUCCACGGUUCGCGGAACACGCAACCGAGUUAAUCGACUUCCUCCAAGCGCACAACCUCCAGGGCUGUCUCCCUCGAGGCACACCGACGUUCUGGUCUCUUAACCAACCGGGGAAGACGUCCACCAUUGACCAGACGGUAACAGACAACCCUAAUCGACUGAUUAAGUGUAAUCUGUACCAUGAGAACUACGGCUCAGAUCACCGUGCCACAUACAGCGAAUGGGACCUUCAGGCAAAGCGCCACGUCACCACGAAGCCUAGAAGAGCAUACGACCGGGCUGACUGGGACAAAAUCGGGGAGGAAGUGCGACUCCAGACGGAGUCAUGGCCUGCCCCGACGACGACGACGACACUAGACGAAAUUGUGGGGAAGCUCACGGAGGCGACCUCGAGCAGCAAACUGAACUGA